AAGGGGAAGAAACACUAAGGGAGUGUGAAAAGCCAAGCAAUGGAGAACAUACCUGAAUGGGAGGAGUAAGCUCCUGAGCCUUGGAAAGGGGUUAACCUGGUGGGGGGAAACAGCUGCAUGGAGUAGGUUCCAAGACAGCACAGACCUUAUGUCUCUUGGUCACUGCUGUGACCUCAAAUAAUGCAUGACACAUAGUAGGCACUUAUCAAAUGUCUGUUGAAUGACUGAAUGCAUGAAUGAUCACCUGAGUCCUGGUGAGGUUGAGGGUUCAUGAGAAGACAUCUGGGGCCUGGGUGUGCAUGUGGAAAGAUAACACACCUUGGAGAGAAGAAAUACAUAUCCAUAAGAAGAAAGGAGUGGGGGCCCAACCCUAGAAUACUCCAGUCUUGGGAUAACCUCUAAAAUCUCUGAAAUGGUGGGGGAGACCUUUCUUUCUGGAGUACUGGCCAGUUUCCAGAACUGUCUGUGUUGGGCUUUGCAGGGCACUGGGGUGGAGACUUUGACUCCAGUCCCUUCCCUAGCCAUGACGGACGGGAUCCUAGGGAAGGCAGCCACAAUGGAGAUCCCCAUCCACGGGAACGGUGAAGCUGGGCAGCUUCCUGAGGAUGAUGGGCUGGAGCAGGACCUCCAGCAGGUGAUGGUGUCAGGACCCAACCUCAAUGAAACCAGCAUUGUGUCUGGUGGCUAUGGGGGCUCCGGUGAUGGACUCAUCCCCACAGGGUCUGGCCGCCAUCCAUCUCACAGUACCACUCCUGCUGGCCCUGGAGAUGAGGUGGCUCGGGGCAUCGCUGGAGAGAAGUUUGACAUCGUCAAGAAAUGGGGCAUCAACACAUACAAGUGCACAAAGCAGCUGUUAUCAGAGCGAUUUGGCCGAGGCUCCCGGACUGUGGACCUGGAGCUAGAGCUGCAGAUUGAGUUGCUGCGUGAGACGAAGCGCAAGUAUGAAAGUGUCCUGCAGCUGGGCCGGGCAUUGACAGCCCACCUCUACAGCCUGCUGCAGACUCAGCAUGCACUAGGUGACGCCUUUGCUGACCUCAGCCAGAAGUCCCCAGAGCUUCAGGAGGAAUUUGGCUACAAUGCAGAGACACAGAAGCUGCUGUGCAAGAAUGGAGAGACCCUGCUAGGGGCUGUGAACUUCUUUGUCUCUAGCAUCAACACAUUGGUCACCAAGACCAUGGAAGACACGCUCAUGACUGUCAAGCAGUAUGAGGCUGCCAGGCUGGAAUAUGAUGCCUACCGAACAGACUUAGAGGAGCUGAGCCUAGGCCCCCGGGAUGCAGGGACGCGCGGUCGACUUGAGAGUGCCCAGGCCACUUUCCAGGCCCAUCGGGACAAAUAUGAGAAGCUGCGGGGAGAUGUGGCCAUCAAGCUCAAGUUCCUGGAAGAAAACAAGGUGCCAACCCCACCCCUUUGUCCCCAGCCCACCUUCCCAUCUGUAACACUGACCUUCUACCCCCAAGACCCUCCCCAUUACUGGAUGGGGGAAAUACAGCCUGGCCAAGGGGUGGGAUCUUCCCCCAGCCCCUUCAACUCCUGGACCUUUCUAGUCACCGGCCCUCCAGUCCCUGGCCCUUUUCUGUUGGAGGAUUUGGCUCUUGAUUCCAGGAACAUAACUGGGAAAAAUCAUUCCCUGAGCUGGGGUACCAGAACCCCAGGCCCAGCAAAUCAAGUCAGGUUUCUCCCAUCAGACUGACCCUUAUCCUUUGACUCCCUUAGUAGAGGUCAGCCCCACCCUAAAAACACCAUCAGAGCAGAAUCCAUGUACCCCUGGUCUGGGCUCAGGCUCAAGAAGGGCUUCUGAGUCCAGUCUUAGCUGACCCUGCUGGACCCCCAGAUCAAGGUGAUGCACAAGCAGCUGCUGCUCUUCCACAAUGCCGUGUCAGCCUACUUUGCUGGGAACCAGAAACAACUGGAGCAGACCCUGCAGCAGUUCAACAUCAAGCUGCGGCCUCCAGGAGCUGAGAAGCCCUCCUGGCUAGAGGAGCAGUGAGCUGCUCCUAAUCAAACCUGGCUAUCAAGAAGGACAUUGGGAGAGGCAGUCCCAGGGUGGGGGAGAUUGGACAUGGGACAUCCCUUGCCACCUGCCCUCUGGCUUGGGUUCCCUUUCCCUGGCUGGGGCCUGACACCAGUUUUGCCCAUACUGCUGUGGGUAGGGAGGGGGCUUGCAGGCCCAGCAGCUGCUGUCCUGUCCUUUAUCUUCCUGGCCACUGGGCUUCAUUCCCAGAUCUUUUCCUUCACUCCACAGCCAAAGGCUAUGACAGAACCACUCCCUGGCCAAUGGCAUUACUCCUCAGGCCUGUCCCCAGCUCCUGGGGUGUGCCCCCUGACCAAUGGCAGGGCCUCAAAAGGCCCUGUCAGCCGAUGGCAGCUCUUCUUGGGCUCCCCUGGGCCAAUGAUGUUGCCUCCAAUACCCUUUGUCCCUCCUCUAUGUGUCCCCAUUGCAGAGAAGGGGACUGGGACCAAAGGGGUGGGGAUAAUGGGGAGCCCCAUUUCUGGCCCUGCAUCCAAAUGGGCUUCCUCUCACCUACCCACCCAGUUUAAUUGUGCUUAGAGCCCUGGAAGAUUGGGACCUAGCACUAGGAAUAAACCUUUCAUAAAAGCAG